AUGGCAGAUUUUAUAGUACUGAAGUCACCCUCAUCCUACAACGCUAUCUUGGGGCGCCCUGUAUUGAACAAAUUAAAGGUUGUAACAUCGACCUACCAUUUAAAGAUUAAAUUCCCAACGGCCACGGGCGUAGGAGAGGUCAAAGGAGAUCAAGUAAUCGCCAAGGAGUGCUACAUGCAGGAGCUGAAGCCCACUAAGAUGGGCAUUCCUGUGAUAGAUCCCACAGUCGAAGGAGAGGUCGUCAUCCCAAGUCCCCCUAGAUCACUCCCACAAGAACGAGUACGUACUAGCACGGGCAGAACCAGAUAUGCCCUUUGGCUUAAAAAUGUAGGGGAAACCUAUCAAAGGCUGGUGAAUUGGAUGUUCAAGGAGCAAAUUGGUCACAAUAUGGAGGUAUGCGUGGAUGACUUGCUUGUCAAAAGUAAGACCUCCUCACAACAUCUGGCCGACCUACAGGAGGCCUUUACGUUGUUACGACAGUAUAGAAUGAAGCUCAACCCCUACAAAUGUGCCUUUGGCAUUGGCUCGAGAAAAUUCCUCAGCUUCCUAGUCUCAGAAGGAGGGAUCGAGGUGAACCUCGAGAAGGUGGAUGCCAACCUAACAAUGGCCCCACCAUGA